AUGACCGAGUCGAGCACCGCGCUGCGAACGGCGAGCGAGAUGCGCGGCCUCGACACGAGCAAGGUUGUCAUUGACGACGACCAGGCUCCGCCGAAAAUCGAGGCUGGCUCGGCAGACGAGCAGGCGGCGCUGGCCGCGAUGGAGGACCUUCUCGCAGACGGCUCGCCGUCCAAGGCUGCGAGCGCAGACCUGAAGCUCAUGUGUCUGCGAGGCCGCAAGUACGACGCCGCUCGGGCCGCCGCCCUCCUGCCCGAGCUGCUCGCGCUGAUUGAGGAGCUCGACCUCGCGACGCCGACCCCGCGGCUCGCCGCCGACCUGGCGAGCGGCAAGUUUGUGAUGACGGGCGCCACGGACGGCGCCGGGCGCAAGAUCCUGUGGCUCCGCUUCCGCUUCCACGACCCCAAGGUGAGCUCACCCAAAGAUUUCGCGCGGGCGGCCGCGACGGUGAUGUUGCACGCACUGCGCGACGCGGACACGGCGCGGUGCGGGGUCGCGGUGCUGCAGGACAUGACGGGCCUCCGGAUGAAGAACAUCAGCCCGCCCACCGCCAAGCUGAUGUUCGGCCAGGUCUUCCCGCGGCUGCCGGUGCGGCUGGGCAAGCUGUGUGUGUACAACCCGCCCUGGUUCGUCGGCCGCAUCCUGCUGCCCAUCGUGCGGAUGCUGCUCAGCGCCAAGCUGAGGGCGCGGCUGGUCGUCCUCAACGGCGCCGACAGGGAGCCGCUGUACCGGCAGUUUGAGCCGGCGAGCCUGACCGAGGAGCUCGGCGGGUCCUACCCCUUUGACCUCGCGUGCUGGGCCGCGAGCGUCGAGCCGGCGCUCUCCUAG